GAGCCCUCAUACCGACAGAUUCGGAGACUCAAUCGCUCACAUUCGCUACGUGAUGGGGUCUCUUUCUAUUGAAAGUGGUUUACGUGAUAUCUUACUCACUUUGAACAAAGACAAACCAUAUGUCACAUCUGCACAGAUACAUCAGUUCUUGGAUGCUACUGAGUUGAAGUUCAAUGUAUUUCUAGACAGUGGCUACUGGAACACGGUACGGCUUUUCAUAUCCAAAUAUCCUGACUUGGAGGUUGAUAAGAAUAUUUUUCUCGGAUUCCUGGACGAUCUUCUCCAAGUGGACCUUGUCAAAUACUUGAGUGAAAAGAUUGAUCAUAAUGAACAGUUACAGAGGACUUCAUCUCUCGGCUCACCUUUACGGUUGAGUGAAAAUCAGCCAGAUGAGAUUCAAAUAACUGGGAACAUUUCUACGAAGCCUAGCAUUUGUGACUACAUAUCUUCAUCCCCAAUGAGAACUGAGCGUCUCUCGAAAAAGAAACCACGUCGAGUGAUAAGGAUCAGUAUAUUCGGUUUAUUACGAUCAUUCUUGAGCAAAUUCACAGCAGCUCUACCGUGGAUUAACGUUGUGCUGUUUCUCUUUGUGAUUGCUCUGCUUUUACUCCAAAAUAUAAAUCCACACCGUCACAUUUUCCCUGUGUUGAAACGAAUAUUCCUUUACUCUUCUACAGAUGAUCUAUAUUGGUGGCAAGAAAUACCCUGGUUAGAGAAAAGAGUAUGGAAAUUCCUCGAAUGGAUGAAUAUUGAGGAAACUGAACCCUUGCAACGAUAGAGAGUGCUUUAUAUAAAGUACUCAAUACUAUGGACAAUUUAAAAGCAUAAAUAAUAAGGUA